AUGGAAAACAAAGCAAAAAAGCCUUCUUUUCUCUUCUUGCAAUUCAAUUUUUGCCAAUGGGUCGUCUUAUCUUGUUGUAUAGCCAGCGGGGAAAAAGAAAAAGAUUAUGUACCAAUUGAUAACAUUCUGUUGAGGUGUGGAGCUCCUCCUAAAACUUCCGACACCGAUGGCCGGACAUGGUAUUCCGAUGUUGGUUCAAAUUUCACUUCGGCCACGGAUAGUUCAUCCACCGUUUCCCGGGCUAAUGUGCAAGACCCCUCUGUUCCUGAGGUCCCUUAUAUGCACGCUCGGAUCUUCCACUGCCAAUACACGUAUCGAUUUCCGGUGACUCCCGGCAGAAUAUUCAUCCGAUUGUACUUUUACCCGGGACCUUACACCGGCCUGAAUCCCUCCGACGCCAUAUUUUCGGUGACUGCCGGAUCAUACACACUUCUGAAGAACUUCAGCGCAGCACAGACGGCUAAAGCAUUGGAAAUCAGCUACAUUACGAAGGAAUUUUCCGUUAAUGUGCAUUUCCAGGCGCUAAAUCUGACAUUCAGGCCUAACCCGUUUGGCGUAAAGAACAACUCGUACGGUUUCGUCAAUGGAAUUGAGAUAGUUUCUCAUCCUGAUAUUUACAACACCGAAAAUGGCACCGGGUCCUUUGUUGGUCGUUCGGUGCCGUUUGUCAUUGACAACAGGACCGCAAUGGAGAAUAUUUACCGGCUAAAUGUGGGAGGAAAUUUUAUAUCGCCGGCCGAUGACACGGGUCUUUUCCGGUCAUGGCAGGUCGAUUCAAGUUACAUCUUCGGAGCAGCCUCUGGGGCUUAUGGCAAAGUUCAUCCAAAUGUGACAAUCACUUUUCCUCCAGGAACACCGUCUUAUUUGGCCCCGAUUGAUGUCUACGCAACUUUUAGAUCAAUGGGUCCGACUCCUGCGGGCUCAAACGACGUUGUCGAAAACGAAGAAAUUUUUGAGAUCUUCCUCAAUAAUCAGACUGCUGAGAGAAGACUGGAUGUCCAAGAUUUAUUUGUUGCUCUCCAUCCGAUCACCACUGAUGCAUUCCUGAAUGGACUUGAGAUUUUCAAACUAAAUGAUUCUACUGGAAAUCUCGGGGGUCCUAAUCCUGUUCCAGCUCCUCUUCUGGAAAUUCCGCCACAACACCUGAAAUCAAUUUGUUCUUCUUGUACAGGCCAUUCAAAGAUUCAGAAAAGACUAAUGAUUGGAAUUGGAAGUGCGAUAUUGUUUGCUCUCACGACGAGAUCCGAUGUGUAUUCAUUCGGGGUUGUCCUGUUUGAGAUUCUGUGUGCUUGCCCCGCUGUUGACAUGAACUCCGACGAGGAAAUCGGGUUGGCGGGUUGGGCGGCGGAAAGCUACGAAAAGGGCGAUCUUCAUCAGAUUAUGGAUCCUUAUCUAAAGGGGAAAAUUGCGCCGGAAUGUUUCUUGAAGUUUGCGGAGACGGCGGUUAGGUGUGUGGCUGAAGUUGGGAUUUCCAGGCCUUCCAUGGGAGAUGUGCUUAGAAACUUGGAGUUGGCAUUGCAAUUACAAGUGACUGCAGAAGAAGCUAUUGGUAAUGCUUCUGGCCAUGGGGUUGAACAAGAGGAACUGGAGGCCAGACUGAUCCAAAUGCCUCACAAACCAUGGUGA